AACUGAUCGACCAAGUUUUCUUCCAGGAUUUAGCCCACCCUCAAUACUAUGGGUUACACUCUCUGUGUUCUAGGAUGCGGAACCAUGGGAAUCUCCGUUUUAUCUGGUGUCAUCGCAAGCUUGGAUACCCAGAGUCGUUUACUGGGACUGCAAAAAUGGGAAUCCCACACACCCGGAACCGUAACGCCUGAGGAAACUGAACCCUCCGUUCCGGCACGAUUCAUUGCUUGCGUUGGCCACGAAGGAAGUGCGCUCAGACUUCAAAAGACCUUCAGAAGUUUAGGCGGAAGAGCCGAGAAGAUCGAGGUGUUGCAUUCGAAGAACAUAGAGGCUGUCCAACAGUCCGACGUCGUGCUCCUUUGCUGUAAGCCACAAACCGCUCAUGUCGUUCUGAACGAACCUGGUAUGCAGGAUGCAUUGGAUGGCAAAUUGCUCAUCAGCAUCUUGGCCGGUGUCACUAUAUCCCAACUUGCUUCUUGGGUUCACUCAACCACCAAGGUUAUUCGUGCAAUGCCCAACACACCGUGCAAAAUCCGCGAGGGAAUGACCGUUGUCUCUACAUUACCUCCUUCUGCUAAUGAGGAGUUGGAAAGAGAUAUCAUCCUGAAAAUCUUCUCUUCUAUCGGUCGUUGUCGCUUCCUGGAGGAGAAACAUUUUGAUGCUUGUACAGCGCUUUCUGGAUCUGGACCAGCCUUCGCCUGUAUAUUUCUGGAAGCUAUGGCAGACGGUGGUGUCAUGAUGGGGCUUCCCAGAGCAGAGGCUCUUGAACUUGCUGCACAGACUUUGCAAGGUGCAGCCCGAAUGGUCUUGCAAUCUGGCUCGCACCCAUCUCAACUCAAAGAUGCAGUGACCACGCCAGGUGGUUGUACGAUUGCUGGGCUUCUCGCUUUAGAAGAUGGCAGAGUAAGAUCUACAAUCGCGCGCGGUAUACAGGUAGCCACGGAGAGGGCCAGCGAACUGGGACAACCAAAGAAAUAACGGUAUAAUAUUCGCCCCUUGUCGUAUAGUUACCGUAGCUAAAGUGAAG